UCCUGUUGCUGGGAAGUGUUUUUCUUGUUUUUUUCCACUUUUCCCCCUGAGUAAAAUUCUCUCCGAGCCCAGUGGGGGGAGGAAUUGUGAGGGGGGUUUAUUCUGGGGGACUCCUUUGGAGGCUUUCCCCCAGUUUUGUCCUAAACUGGGACAAAUAAUUUGGUGGCCCGUACGGGGAACUGAAGAAAGUGGAAAAAACUGUGUAACUAUAUAUAAUGCUGUUUGGAAUGGAUUUCAGUAUGUGGUUCUGGAUAGUGGGGUUUUUUGAGGUUUUAAUGCCUCUUUGGUCUCUGGGGUUAUUUUCCUGCCCGGAAAUAGCUCCAGUACUGUCCUUUAUUUGUAGUUUUUAUACUAGAGGGAUAAUGACCAAAAUAUUGAUUGGACUGGGCUUGGUUGCAAUGGCUUGUAAGAGGUUUAUGAAAAUGCUGGAAUCGGUUCCAGGGAUAUCUUCUGGAUCCUGGUUAUGGAUAUGCAUCCAGUUUAUUAGAGGAGAAGCAGGGGAGGAGGCUUUUCAGCCUUUGCUUCCCUUUGUCUCCUCUGAAUUUUUUACAUCGUUAUUAGGAUAUGUGCAGUUCUCCUUUAGUAUUAAAGAGAUCAUCUUUCUGAUGUUUAAUGUUGUAAGCUUCCUCUACACAGUUUACAGUUUAUAUAAAAUCAGGGCUGAGAUUUCUAGAGGUGCUGGUGCGACUCCUGAUUUAGCAGCAGGACAAAGUGUGAGGAGUCCUGAGUGGUGUGGAAAAUGGCAGGACCUGGGCCAGAUGUUAAAGGAAUUUUCUGAUCCUAUGGUUUGGGAUUUUUCACAUGAGCAAAUUCAGAACCCAGCUGAGGUGGUAAAAUAUUUGAAAGAGCAAUGCCACAAUAGCUCCAGGGAAAAAAAGAUUACUGCAGUGAGCUGGGCUCUGGCGUAUGCUUAUCGUACCCUGUUAGAUAGUGGAGAACAACAAACAAAGGAAAGGGAACAGGUAGAUAACAUAGCUACUAUGCCAGCUACUCAGGCUGUAGUUAACACCCCAGGCUCGAGGACAGGGAUGAAAUUAGAAAGCAAGCUUCAACCAAUGGCUGUGGCUACCAGUACAAGGAGUGGGAAGUGCACCAAGAAGACCGAUUGGCCAGUGGAGGAUGAUGAUGAGGAUGCAGGAGAAGGACCUUCAACACCUCCUGAUGUAAAAUCAAGAGUUAAAACCACUGGUGUGAGAUCAGAAACUAAUAAUGAGUCCCUGUCCUUAAAAGAUCUUCGUGGUUUAAGAAAGGAUUAUACAAGACAGCCUGAUGAAUCCAUAAUUAGUUGGCUAGUUCGGCUUUGGGAUGCAGCAGGCGAGGCUACCAUCCUAGAUGGCACUGAGGUGAGACACCUGGGAUCCCUGUCUCAUGAUCCGGUCAUCGAUCAAGGUAUGAUGAGGAAGGCUAACCCUCAAAGCCUCUGGGCAUGUGUUUUAAACAGCGUAGCACAAAGAUAUCUGUGUGCCGAUGACCUGUAUAUGCAGCAGACCAAGUGGAAAACCAUAGAGCAAGGGAUCCAACGUUUGAGGGAGAUGGCAGUGGCGGAGAUUAUUUUUUCAGAUGAUAUAACAACUAGGAACCCAGACCUGGUACCAUGCACACCUGUAAUGUGGAGGAAGCUGGUGCGACUCGGGCCAUCUGAAUAUGCGUCUGCUUUGGCAAUAAUGAAGCGGGAAGAGGUAUAUGAAACGGUGCUGGACAUGGCGAAGAAGCUCUGGGCAUACGCGGAUGCUACGUCCUGGCAACCAACGUAG